AUGGAUGCCCUACGUUCCCUACCCCAGUCGCUGUCGGCCGUACGUGCCAAUCUACGGCACAUUGUGAGUGAACUAGUCGGAGGAAAAGUCGAAAUAUCCUAUGUCCCCGCACCCAGUAGCACCCCUCUUCCCUCUCCUUCUCCCUCUCCGUCUCCGACUCUGGGACCACAGCCGCCAGUCGAUAAGAUGCCUAGUCCAUGGGGGUUCAUGACGAGCGGGUAUGCACUGGGGUUACUGCUUAUGGCAGUGCUCCUCAACCGAAUCACAAACGUCGUAGUACCACCGCGCCAAAACCCUCCCCUACGACGAUACUCCCGCCGAAGACGAUGGCUCCCGUCUCUUCUCCCCAUCAACAUAUCAGCCACCCAUACCCGUUUCAUAUCUCGUGUCCCGAGCAUGACUCUGCUCGCUACCUCUUUGUUUUUGCUUACCAUCGCCCUGGUGCAAGCCGCCGACAUAUGGGAGCCCCUCGACAUGGAACCGGGCAGGAUCUGGUACCUCGAGCUCUGUCGGUGGGCUGCGGAAAAGGAAAUGGCCUAUGUCUGUUGGACGACCUAUUUGGCCGUGUGCGUCGCGAUGGUCAUGAACACUUUGACUAGGGGACUAGAGGGCGUGGCGUCCGAAGGUCCACAUGCUUUCAACCUAUUUGGGUAUAGCUUUCUCUUGCAUAUCUAUGCGAGCCCUAUCAUGCACCAGUCGCCCAAGCACUCGGCCGCACAUGCUAGCACGCCUUCAAGGCCAGACAAACAUGUGUUGAUCACGAUUAUUCUCCCAUUGCUCCAGCUUUCAAUUCUGCACGUUCUCGCAAUCAACAAGCGCUUGUCGCGACAGCGCCUUAUCCCUACGACAGUUUGCGGCCUUUUAUCCAUCACACACUUUACAUACGUAACGCUCUUUUCGAAAUCGACUUAUCCGUUUUUUACAUAUCUCAACUCACUCCUCGAGGCGUUUUUGGUCGGGAUUAUCGUUUUGACUGGACGAUUCGUAUGGAACCCGUUUGCAGAGGAAGAUGGACUCGCGCAUCAGAGUCUACUCCCAAGCAGAUCGGACGAUUAUGCAGUCGCAUUAUUAAAGCUCGGCUCGGCAUGUAUCGAAGUAACUGCCAUGGCCGGAUUCGGAAACGAGGUCUCACCGAUCCACACACCCGAUACAAUCUACAUCUCCCACUCUGGCCCCAUCAUCCCCAAGCUUCCCAACGCACCCUCUGGCCUGGCGCGCGAAAUCAAAUCUGUCCACGCGGUCGAGGCCGAGAAUAGCAGCACGCACGCGUGGCUCGAUGUUGCUUGGACAAAAGAGGUCGGGCGCUUUGGGGAACGCGUCGCGCGCGUUGCCAAGGGUGUUUGGGGAGCCGUGACGAGGCGGGAGAGAGCGAGGGAGGAACGAGGGAGGGUGGUGGCGAGACCCAAGGUGGAAGGUGAAGUAUAUGAUAUUCGGGAGGUGUAUGCGCGGUAUUUGUUGGGUGAGGAGAUCGUGAGCGAUGAUGAAGAUGACGAGUUCAGACCUGGAGCCGAGGCGGAAGAUUCAGAGUCUGAUUUGGACGGACUUUCCGAGGAUGAAGAGGAAGAGCAAGAAGAACGAGAAGAACAAGAAGAGGGGGAAGAGGAAGAAGAAGACGUCUCGGCUCCGACUCUCUAUGCCGACCUUGCACGCAGAUCUCUCCCUCCCCAAUCUCGCUCGCGUGAAUCUUCGCCGAGUGUACCGGCGCUGACACCCAUGCUCAUCGCGCACCUCACAUCCCCCUCUAAAACACCCCUCACGCGAAACAAGUACACCGCGCUCUCGUACCCUCCAACGACCCUGAUCGCUCCCUCUUCCAGAGAAAGUCAGUCGCAGAUGCAAGCACAAAGGGACAGCGAGGACCCACGGGCGACAUGCGUCGUGUGCACCGUCGAACCUCGCUCGGUGAUUUGCUGGCCGUGCCGAUGCCUUGCGCUCUGCGACGAGUGCAGGGGAAGCUUGGCCUCUCGGAUGGGAGCUGGGAAACACCAGUGCCCGUGUUGUCGGAGGGGGGUCGAGGGAUAUUCGAGGAUUUAUAUUCCGUAG